AUGAGCGCGAAAUUACCAGAACAGAUUAAUAAAAAGGGAUGGCCUCUUCCCAAAUCGACUAAACAAUUUGUAAAACCUCCCAUUCUUCUGAAAAGUAAAGGGAACUUACCAGGGGUGUUGCAAAAGAACAAAAGCGAGGAAAGGGCAGACAGUGAUAAGAACAGCGAGUCCAAUCUAGCCAUUCCCCAAAUGAAAUCUGCAGAACCCAAAAUUAAGGGGAUGAAACCAAAAAUAAAAAUACCGGAGUCGAAGUUUAACUCAUUCGGAGGGAAAGUACUAAAGGAACUACCUCCACUGAAAAUUAAACCUCUGAGUCCUAAAAUGAAAUCGAUGGGAGGGAAAGAAUUGGUACAUGAAAAAACAGAAUCAAAAGGGGUAGAACCCAAACUGAAAGCUAUAAAAUCUCUUAAAGGGAUAAAAUUUGCAAAAGGGAUGAAAGUACCAAAACCGAACAUAAAAAUACCCGAAACGAAAUUGAAAAGCAUGGGAAUAAAGGAAAGGAUAGAAGUAAAAGAGACACAAGAACAGAAAUCUAAAAGGGAAUCAGUACGAGAACCAUCUUUGUAUACAUCAAAUGGAAGUAUGCAAAUGGUUACUUUACAAAAAACUGAAUCGAAGGAUGUCUUUUCUCUAAGAGGGGGAGGACAAGACGAAUUGAAGAGAAAACAUUCAUUAUUAAAUAAAAGUAAAUAUUUUGAAAAAAUUAGCAUCCUUGAUAAAUUAAAAAACCAAUCAGUAAAACCAAAAGGUAUAGGAUCAGAAACAAAUUCAUUGCCUUCUCUACCUGGAAAUUGGAAACUCUCCUCUGCUCCCCUUGGGAAGGAAAAGGUAAAACAUUUCUCUUCUCCAAAUAGUACAGUAGAAAAAUAUGGAGUGAUAAAAACGAACGGUAUAUCCAUAUCAACUGAAUUGACUAAAAGUGUAGUAAGCACGAAGAAGGAAAUUUUGAAAAAGGGCAUUUCCAAAAAAAUGCCUCCCUCCCUUAAUAACAGUGUUGUGAGAGGAAAAGAAAAUAACGUGAAGGCAACAAUAAAUAUACAAAGUCGGAAGGAAGAAGAGGACGAAAAUGGGGAAGCAAAAAGGGAAGCGAAAGGGGAAGCAAAAAGGGAAGCGAAAGGGGAAGCAAAAAGGGAAGAAAAAGAGGAAACAAAAAGCAAUAACAUAAUGGUUGGUGUACCAGAUAGAAGUAACAGAGAAAUGGUGGGUCCUUUAUCCACUUUUAUAAAAAGUAGCAUAGUUAAAAAUAUGAAUUAUAUAAAUGCAUUUUCCAGAUGUAGUGGUAAUUACAUGGGGAAAGUUACAGGACCUGCAAAUCCUAUAGGAAAUUUUGAUAAAAAGCCACAACAUCAAGGUGGAAAAAAGAAUAAUGAAUACAAUAUACAACAAUGUUUACAUAACGGAGGAAUGAAUUCCAAUGUAACAUUGUCUCCAUCAGUACCAUUUAAUGAAUGUCCUUACAUGUCAAAUUAUUCACCAUAUUACAGUUUUCAUAAUAGCAUUUUUCAAAGCGCAACUGAAAAGGGAAGACCAAUUUGUUUCCCACCUGGAUGGUAUUACUUGCCUAUGUGUGAACACAUCGAUCCGUAUGGAAAGAUCGAUCCGUUUGGAAACAUCGACAAGCGUGGGCACAACUGCUCUGCAUUUUUGAACCCCACAAAGGGAUUGAAAUUUAUGGGUCAAGGGAACCAGCUGAGUGAAGAAAUUACCACGAAUGAGAGAAAAGUUAGAGGAAAAGGUAAAAAGGAAGAAAUGGUAAUGUCGAAGGGGGCAGAUAAAGGAAAAAUGAGUAGAGAGGAGGGGAGAAAUGGAAAAGACAUAAUGGUAGGUGCUGGAUAUCUAAAACCUCUACAAUUUAGAAACGGAGUUGAAUGGACAAGUGAAGAUGAAAAAUAUUUAAAUGCAGAUGUAAGUAUGGAAGAGGAGAGACGGAAAAGGAAAAAGGAGAAGCAGGAGAAGCAGAAGGAGAGGACUGAUAAAUGUGGAAGUAAAUACAUUGGUGACACAAGGUGGUAUGAGAUUGAACAAAAGUUGAACAACUGCAGAGGGGUAGUGGUUGUGGAUGAGGAAAGAACAGAAUGUAGUGAGUCUCACCAUAAUAUUAGAAGCGAAGAUAGUGGAAACGAAGAUGAUAAUGAGGAAGAUACCUGGGGAAACUACAUAGAUGAAAGUGACGAUGGGCAGAUGUAUGAAUAUAAGAGGGAAAGUGAUUAUGCAAGAGGUCCAAUGUGUAAGGAUCUGUGCUCAGAGAAACAUAUAGAUGAUAACUAUGAGGAAGAGACAAAACACAUAGAUGAAGAAGCACGAAAUGAAUUCGAUUAUUAUGAUGAUACUGAAUGUGAUGAGAGUGAAGGAGAGUGUAUGACAAAUAGGAGAAAACACAUACUUGGAAAGAUUAAAUCAAAGGGGAAGAAAGAAUUCAAAAUGGAAAGAAAAAAAAGGGAAAAUACACAAAACAGGUUAGAAGAUAAGUACAAUUUCGAUUUUGACAAUAUAUACAAGAAUUACAAAAUAGAAUAUUUAAAAGAAAGGUUGAAGUGGGCAAAUGAAUAUUUACAAAAGCAAGAGAAAGCAGAAAAUGGUAGUAAUUGUAAUGGGAAUAAGAAGAAAAAGCAUAUGGAACGUCUAGAUGAUAUUGCACAUUUAUUUUUACCAAAAAAGAAAAAACAUGAAAACCUUUUUGAUUUAUCAAUGAACUUUUGUAAAAUUUCAGAUAACGAUAAAAAUGACAUAAUAAAUAUGCUAUUCUCAUGUAGAGAAUUGGAAAAAUUAAUUGAAGAACAACAUUGUGUUUUGGAUAUGUUAGAUAAUGAUUUGCGUCAAGUUAAUGCAUCCCUAAAAUUACCAAGUACAUGGAAUAAUUUCAAUAACUUUGAAAUAUUACAAGAAGCUAUAUUAAAUGCAGAUGAAAAUGAGCCAUUGCCUCUAAACAAUACGCCUCUUUUCAUAAAAGGAAAAGUUGCUUUAAUUCCUAAAAAUUUAGACACCUUUUUUGACAAACCUGUUAAUCUUCUAAAACAAGAUGAAGAGAAAAUAACUGAUGAUGUAUCAUCACAUAAUGUCUAUUCGAAGCCAGUAGAUACACCAACCAAUCUUAAGUACAUGCCAAAAUUUGCAAAGGCUACUGUAAAACCGAAGGUAUCCCUACUGUUGAAGGGUGGGAUAACCACUUCUGAUAAGAAGUAG